AUGGAACGCCAAACAGAAACCAUUCUGUCUGUUGUGGACCAGCAAGUUCAGUACUGCGUAAACGACGACACGGACGCCCUUAUGACGCUAGUGGACCCAGAGAUAACAAUAGUGAUGGAUGGAUAUCCACUUUUAAGUGGAUUUGAAGGAGCAAAAGUUAUGUUUGAAGCACUACCUGAGACGGCCUCUCACAUCGAAAAUACAUACAAAGAUGUGGUGCCCAUGGACGAAGACGCAAAUUAUGUAUACGUCACGCUUCACUUUGAUUUCUUCAACGAGUCGGGCGUAAACUACAAGGAUGGCAGCGGGUUGUUCCUCCUCAAGAAGACUGCGGAUGGAUACAAGUUUUACAUCAUGGCUAUCAGCGCACAUGAUCAACCAAGUUCUUAAUCUAUGGCAUAACUCGACCCAAGAUCAACUGAACUCAAGCAUGGAGAAUAAUUAUAACAAUCAAGUAGCAUUCAGCGUAUUAUUCAUUGUAUAAUUUGUAUCGGUAUAGAGUACAGAAUUGCGACCCACCAUGAUAUUAUAAUAGAUGUUUUAAAAAAAAUGCAUCGGGCGUAAAAAAUAAUAUUAAUUUAGUUUUGUUAAUAAAUU